GUCCGGCGUCCGGCGAUGAAGCCGCCUAGUUCAAUACAAGCUAGUGAGUUUGAUUCAUCCGAUGAAGAGCCUCUUGAAGACGAACAUACUCCGAUUCACAUAUCAUGGUUGUCUCUGUCCCGAGUAAAUUGGUCUCAGUUUCUUGGUUUAUGUGCUCUGCCAGGUUGUAAAUUUAAAGAUGUUAGAAGAAAUAUUGAAAAAGAUACAGAGGAACUAAAGAGCUAUGGGAUACAGGACAUAUUUGUUUUCUGCACCAGAGGGGAACUGUCAAAAUACAGAGUCCCCAACCUUUUGGACCUCUACCAGCAGUAUGGAAUUACCACCCAUCAUCAUCCAAUCCCAGAUGGAGGAACUCCCGAGAUAGCCAGCUGCUGUGAAAUCAUGGAAGAGCUCUCAGCCUGCCUAAAAAACAACCGAAAAACCUUAAUACACUGCUAUGGAGGACUUGGGAGAUCCUGUCUUGUAGCCGCUUGUCUCCUGCUCUACCUGUCCGACAGUGUAUCACCUCAGCAAGCCAUAGACAGCCUGCGGGACCUGCGAGGAUCUGGGGCCAUUCAGACCAUAAAGCAAUAUAAUUAUCUUCAUGAGUUCCGGGACAAACUUGCUGCACAUCUAUCAUCAAGAGAUUCACUAUCAAGAUCUGUAUCAAGAUAAAGAAGAGCUUCAAAGAUCAUAUAUAUACAUAUAUAUAUAUAUGACCAUGUCUGAAAUUUGAGUUCUCUAUAUAAUUUGUACUGAAGUGAAAAGUCCAGUAUUAUCAAUUUGAGUGUAAAUGUAUAUGUGCAGAUACUCCUAAAGCUUUUAUUGACAAAAA